UGAAUCGGGCCUUUCCCCUCCCCCAGCUGGGCCCGGGGCUGAUCCCGCUGCCAUGAACUUCUCGGAGGGCUUCAAGCUCUCGGGGUUGCUGUGCAAGUUCUCCCCCGACGGGAAGCGCGUGGCUUCAUGUGCGCAGUACCGUUUGAUGGUUCGAGAUGUGAACACCCUUCAAAUCCUUCAGCUAUACACUUGCCUGGAUCAGAUCCAAUAUGUGGAAUGGUCAUCUGAUUCUCUCUUUAUAUUAUGCGCCAUGUACAAACGAGGGAUUGUUCAGGUCUGGUCUUUAGAACAGCCAGACUGGCACUGCAAGAUUGACGAAGGGUCAGCAGGAUUGGUGGCUUCGUGCUGGAGUCCGGAUGGUCGUCACAUUCUCAAUACCACAGAGUUUCAUCUGCGGAUAACUGUCUGGUCUUUGUGUACAAAAUCUGUAUCUUAUAUCAAGUAUCCCAAAGCCUGUCAGCAGGGGAUAGCGUUUACGAAAGAUGGCCACUACAUGGCCUUAGCAGAGAGGCGUGACUGCAAAGACUUCAUUAGCCUAUUUGUGUGCAGUGAUUGGCAACUCUUGCGGCAUUUUGACACUGAAACUCAAGACUUGGCUGGCAUUGAAUGGGCUCCAAAUGGAUGUGUUCUGGCAGUGUGGGAUACCUGUCUAGAGUAUAAAAUUUUGCUGUACUCCCUUGAUGGCCGACUGCUAUCCACGUAUCGUGCAUAUGAAUGGUCGCUGGGUAUUAAAUCAAUUGCCUGGAGCCCCAGCAGUCAGUUUUUGGCGAUUGGCAGCUAUGAUGAAAAGGUACGCAUAUUGAACCAUGUGACCUGGAAGAAGAUCACAGAGUUUGAGCAUCCUCCAAUCAUUGCUAAUCCAAAGACUAUUGUUUAUAAGGAAGUGGAGAAAUCUGCAGCUGUAGAAACACAGAAACUCUCUUUCCCUCCAACCAGACCACUGGCCAGCUCUCUCUUCAGUAUACCGAGUAAAUAUAACAUUUCCCAGGUGCCCAUGUCUUUACAGUACAUCAAACCAGUUGCUGAUCGGGCAAAUCCAAGAAUUGGAAUUGGAACACUGGCAUUUAGUCCUGAUAACUGCUUCCUAGCAACUAAAAAUGAUAAUAUUCCUAAUGCCAUCUGGAUCUGGGACAUUCAGAAGCUUAAGCUGUUCGUAGUCUUGGAGCAGUUGUGCACUGUUCACUCAUUUCAGUGGGACCCACGCCAACCUCGACUUGCCAUAUGCACUGGAAAUAGUAAAGUAUACCUGUGGUCUCCAGCAGGAUGCGUGUCAGUGCAGGUACCAAUGGAAGGUGAUUUCCAGGUCCUCUCUCUUUGCUGGCACUCUGGUGGGGACUCAAUGGCACUCUUGAGUAAGGAUAACUUCUGUGUGUGCUACUUGGAAAGAGAGGAGGUAAAAUAACCAAAGUAAAGGCAAGAAAAGCCAUCCUGCAAAUAAAUCUUUGUGGAAAAUGUGCUGCUGGACUUAGAGAGGAGUGAAGAUGGGGCAGAAUCUCAAUCUUCAAACUGAAGAUAUUUUGAGCUCAUUAAAAUCUUACUUGGGGGAGGGAAACAAAACUCCCUUGUAAAAUACUGUGAUAGUUACUUGAAUGACUUGUUCAAAAUUAAAUUGCAAAGUACUAGUGGUGGGAACAAGGCAUCAGGAUUUUAAUGAAGUAAUGGAGUAAAAUCUAAUGAAAACUUCUAAGCUUUUUGAUGAGAAAAAUACUUUGUGAAACUGUAGUUGUUUGUAUAUUGUGUAUAGAAAUUAUUUAAUUUUAUAUAUCUCAAUAAACAUUUUGAUAACUGCAUAAAAUCAAUCCAGCCUACUCUAAGUAUAGAUUUUUCCAUUCUAGUGUUUUGAGUUGGAAGUGGAAAUGCAUUUCACUGUUGUGCUCACAUCUUGACCAGUAACACAGUGCACUGCAAAAUGAUAUUGGUUAAUGAAUAACAUAUCUCAAACAACCUUUCUGGCUCUUUUGCACAGAGUAACAUACAUGUUUUAUGUAAGCAGUUGAGACAUAAGAAAAGUGGUAUCUUGGAAUUAAAUAAGUGAUAGGAAAAUAGCUGUUAGAUGCUGAAUAUGCUUACGGAAUUGGUUACUCUAAGCCUGAGUGGAAUAUUGUACAGUAUAAUUUUACUUUGUGAAUGUUCAGUAAUCAAACCAGGUGUGAUAACUAGCUUGCUUCUAUAGACUAAAACAUCAGAUUGGGCACAAUCUGAACUAUUCUGUGGAGACUGAUACUGCUCUCAAUUAGAGCUCCCUUUUUCAAAAGCCACUCUUAAAACACAUUAUUUUAUUCACCUGAGUUGAUGAAACAAUUACUAUGCUAAUAGUGAAAGGAGGAGUGAUGUUCUCAGCUGUUGUAAGAAAUUAAUUUGAGAAAUGAGGAAUCAAAUUGGAUACAACUAUUAGGAGGAAGGUCCAACAGUAUCAUGUCUUGAUAAUGCCAGCAUCAUAUGCAUCAAAUUACACCUGGGCCUUGUUCUGUUAAUUGUUAGUGCAAUUUACAUUUUAGUUUCAAGAACCACUACACCUGUCACCAAAGAAUAAAUAAAAAGCAACUGUUCUUAAAGUUAAAUUUACUGCCAAAUUAACAAAAAGCUAGACCAGUAUUUUAAAAAAGAACCCACAGUGACAGAGACAUACAGGUGCAUUCCAGAAUCCUUUUACACAAAAUUUAAUUGAAGAAUGAACAUACAUCCGCUUUAUUUCAAGG